AUGAAAUACGUUAUCUUACUGGCUCUUUGUGGCCUAGCCCUUUCUCAGCCAUCGAAAAGAUUCGCCGGCUUCGGAAUCUCUACAGUAGGCGGAAACCUGGGAUGCGUAGUUACUGUAAGUUCAGAAAGAUACAAGUUUUUAAUAAAAUUUAUGCACUAAUGUCUUAAAUAACACCGUAUUCCAAUGGUUUUGUUGUCAUACUUGUCGUCAAAAUGAGAUUUAUGAAGCGCGACAAACUUUUGACAAAACUCCUAUUCAAAAUUGUUUUUCUCUAAAGCAUUAUCCAAAAGUCAUGAAUGUUUUCCGCGAUAACUUCUGAAGCUUGACUAUGAACUUAAAACAUUUUAAACGUUUCUCUAAUUUUUAAAAAAUAAUUUCUUGUUAUUUUACCGUAAUUUUUGUAGGGCGACAAACUGUUUGUAAACGGAUUAGAAGGCCGUGAAUUGACAGACGAUGAACAGAGCGAACUCAAGGAAUACCAAGUCAAACUGGGAGCCUUCCGCGAAGAACUCCGUGCCGUGGUCGAACAGAGAAAGGCUGACUUGGAAGCUCGCAGAAGUGGAGCCGCUCCAGCCUCGACCUCAAAGCCCACCGCCAACCCCGAACCACCAAAGAAGCCAUCCUUCUGUAGCGAACAGACCACCACCCAAUACAUCUUCGACGGAUGCAAGGUCCAGAACAACAUGGUCUACGUCGGCAGCACCUUCGCCCGCAAACUGAGCGACUCCGAGAUCGAAGAGUUGAAGCAGUUUGACAAGGAGAUGACCGUCUACCAGAAGUCUGUCUCCGCCAACCUCGAGCAGCAGUUGGGUGAGUUGUUCGGAGCCGCCUUCUCUGGUCAAACUCAAAUCGCUCGUGCCACGCCUGAACCCGUCUCGACCUCAGCCACCCCCGCCGCCCCACCAAAGACGCCCAACUUCUGUACUUUGAUCGUUUAA